AUGGCAUCUGGCAAGAUCCAUCAGUCUGUGGGGUUCUCCAAAAACGCUGAUGCAUUCCAGAGCAAAGUGGCCGCAUCUCUUAACUGGAAGCUUGUGAAAGUAACAGAGAAGCCUCUAACUCUGACUCCAUCUGCCUUCAUGAAGGAGAUGUGUCUCACCACUGAGCAGAGGCUGGCCAGCAGUCAGGAGGUGAGGCAGCCCCAGAUUAUCCAGCUUCGAGACAUGAGUGAAACCUUCCAUCAAAAGCACUCUGCAGGUGACUGGGAACAGAGUUCAUUUCAGCCUUUCCCAUUAGAGCUGGUAUUUCAGAACUACAUCCCCUGUGAGGUCUAUGAAGUGCCACUGGUUCUAAAGAACGAUGACAAGGUUCCUCAGCUAGUGAAGGUCAUCUUGGAGAGCUCGCCUUACUUCAAGCUGGUCAGUCCCAGUAAUGGGUACCGUAAGGUAGCACCUGGCAUGACUUCAACCUUCCGCAUCCUUUUCACCCCUCUGGAGAGCAAGGAUUAUUUCCACCAGCUCACCUGCAUCACAGAAAGGGAAGAGUUUAUUGUGCCAAUCCGAGCUAUCGGUGCUCGAGCUAUCCUGGACUUCCCUGAUGAGCUGAACUUUUCCGUCUGUCCAGUCAAGUACAGCACCCAGAAAACUCUGUUGGUGCACAACAUUGGUAGUCGAGUGGCCCACUACUGCAUCAGUACUCAGAGCCCUUUUUCUGCUGAUCUCUCCGUCGGGACCCUUGGGAUUGGUGAUGCCGUGCAAGUAACAGUGGAGUUUCACCCGCUGAAGUCUGGGAAUUAUUGCAGUUCCCUGGUAGUUCACUAUGACACAGGUGAAGAUAUCCACACAAACCUUUACGGAGAAGCUGUAGAUGCCAGCAUCGAGCUAGAGAAGAGCUCCUUGACAGUUGAGAAGACUUACCUUACUCUGGCAAACUGCAGCUCUGUGGUCAUCCACAAUUGGAGUGAAAUCACAGCUCACUUCCAGUGGAAGGCUUUUCUUACUCAGGAAGAGGAGGAUCAGCAGAAGCUGAGUGCCUGCCCUGACUUCUUGGGUGAUGAAGAAGAUGAGAGAAAUUAUUUUCUCAGGGAGUGCAUGGUGGACCCCACUCUCCAAGAACACUUUUCUCUUCACUCCUGCACCUACCAGAACCAGAGGACAACAGUGCAAGGAGACUCCAUGCUUUUCUCCGAUGAUAUUUUCACCAUAGACCCGGUGGAGGGAGAUGUCUGGCCAAAUUCUUCAGUUGAAAUCAAUGUGAUCUUUAAACCCCAAGAAGCCAGGGUCUAUCAACAGACAGUCUACUGCGACAUCUCAGGCCGUGAGACCAGGUUGCCUCUGCACAUCAAAGGAGAAGGCAUAGGGCCUCAGCUCCACUUCAGCUUUGACCAGCUGGACAUUGGGAAGGUUUCUGCUGGAUCAGCCCACUGCUACGAGGUUGUCCUGUUUAACAAAGGAGCCAUUGAUGCUCCCUUCAGCUUGGUCCCUCCAACUACAGCUCUGGGCUCCUGCUUCACCUUUCUGCCUUGGGAGGGCAUCAUUUCACCAGAUGGGCUCCAAGUCAUCAAGAUGUCCUUCAGUUCCACUGUCCUGGGGAAGUUCACAGAAGAAUUCAGGUUCAGUGUGAUUGGAUCUCGUGAGCCUGUGACUUUGGCUGUCAGGGGCUGUGUCAUUGGACCGACUCUUCAUUUCAAUGUACCCUCCCUCCACUUCGGUGACAUCUCCUUCGGCUUUCCUCGCACUUUGUCCUGUCGCCUCACUAACAGCUCCCUGGUGCCCAUGACCUUCAACCUUCACAUUCCGGGGGAUGGCUCAGGGGAGCCCAGCGUUAGCAGUUUUGUUCAGAUAUCGGACAACACUCGCCCAUCCUGGAGAAGGGGAGCUCAAGGGCAUGUCAAGCCAACUGAAUUUACCAUAAGGCCUUGCAGAGGGACAAUCUGCCCCCAGGGAUUCAUGGAUAUCCAGGUCACCUUGUGCUCCAACACUGUGAGGAGAUACGAGUUGGCACUUAUGGUGGACGUGGAGGGUGUUGGCAAAGAGGUGUUGGCACUGCUCCUUACAGCCAGAUGCGUAGUUCCGCUGCUGCGAGUGCUCAACCCUCUUGUGACAUUCGGGCAGUGUUUCCUGAAAGUCUCCUAUCGGCAAGUGCUGACCCUUGUGAACGACAGCAAUCUUCCAGGCUGCUACGGGGUUCUUCCUCAGGAACACAAGGAUGGUGCUGCUGUGUGGUACUCCAGCCCCAUGCCGUGUGGGAUUAUCCAGCCUCACAGCUCCGUGCACGUCCCAUUUACACUGGAAGCCCAGGUGAUGGGAAAGCAGGAAACUGUUGCUCAUGUCGCAGUUUUUGGGAAUGAAGAAUUCCCACUGCAAAUCCGUUUAGUGAGCAUUGGUGAAGGACCAGUUGUCUACGUCCAUCCGAAUAAGAUAAAUUUUGGCAGUAUCCAAGUUCUACUAGAUGCUUCCCGAACUCUCCACCUCUCCAAUCAGACUGUUGCUCCUGCAUCCUUCCAGGCAGAGAUGGCUGGCAAAUGCUCUUGCUGGAGGAUUGAACCAAGCAGAGGAGUGAUCCCCCCUGAGACUGAGGUGUCUGUGACUGUCAUAGCAAACUUGGAUGACACCAAGAAAUUCAAGGAUGAGGUGAAGGUGUUCAUAGAGAACAGCAAUACCUAUGUCAUCCCUGUAAAGGCUGUUGGCAUCGGCACCACAAUUGUCACUGACAAACCCUUUGCUCCGGAGGUCACCUUGGGGCCCCGUUUCAGCUUGGUUCCCUUCUAUUACUGCUUCAGAGUGAUGAACAAAGGACGACGCACCCAUUUGCUCUAUUGGACGACAGAAGAUGUUUUCACACUUCAUCAGGGUCAUCGUCUCCCUGCCCUCAGUAAUCCUAAGGGCAAAGAUUCCUCCCAGAGCCCCAAAUCUGCCUGCCCUGUGUUUAAGCUUCGACCGCUGAGGAUGGAGCUGAUGCCGGGCAAGAGUAUGGAGAUGGUGCUGGAAGGCUUCUCCAGUACUCCACAGGUGGUGAAGGAGCGGCUGCUGUGUCACGCCGUCGUGGGGGGCAAGGCAGAGAAGGCACAGAUAAUGCAAGUGGAUGUCACGUGUGAGUUUGUUGCUCCCAUUCUGCAAGUGUCCUCCAGAGAAAUCAUUUUCCGGGUAGAGAAGCAACCCAGUGAUGCCCUGACUCUUCAGUACAAGCCUCUUUCUUUAAAAAAUGCCUCCUCCCUGCCCCUAAGCAUUGUGCUGGCCUUAGAACAACCCUUCUUAAUCUGUGAUGUGGACCAGCAGCCCCUCUGGACUGAUGUUCAGCCUGUGAAGCUGGAGGUGGGGGAAGAACUUCUUCUCUACGUCAGAUUUAAUGCUGCUUAUGAGGAGGAUUUGAAUAUACGAGUAGUAGACAAGACUCUGAAGAUACGGUUUCUUGAGCACCCUCAUGAGGAGCAGGUCAGCAUUCGGGGAGAGGUCUACUUUCCAAAUCUCCAUAUCCAGACCACGGACCUGGACUUUGGCUGCAUCUUGAAUGACACUGAAGAUGUGCGUUACAUUGAGAUGACCAACUGCAGUCCACUGCUUGUGCGGUACCACUGGUUGCUCCUGAAAGACAGCCGGGCAAGCCAGAUGAGGUUCAGCUCUCCAGCGCCUAAAUUUUUCAUCAAACCCCAACCACCAAAGGAGAAGAAAGUCUGGUCGGACCACUCGGCGUCUGCAGAGAGCAGCUCCAGGAAUGGGAGUGUGGGGGAGCCAUCAGGUGCAGAUGAGUCCCUGAAAGCAAAGGUAGAUAUUCUCCUACACCUACCACCAGCACUACUAUCCACUGCUGUGGAGCUCGAAGGUGCUGCAGAGACUCAGAGCUUGAUGAGGAUCCAGAGAGGGAUGCAGUUCACAGAGGCUAAGGCCCACACCUUGGGAGUGGAGGAGGUUUUCAACAUUCUGCCGCUGUACGGUGUGUUGCAGCCAGGGAAGAGCCAGCGGGUCACAUUCACUUUCUUUGGCCAUGCAAACAUCAUCGCCCACGUUGUGGCACUGUGUAGGGUGGAGGGAGGUCCAACCUACGAGGUUGUACUAAGUGGGGAGGCUUCGCUUACCACCUACCUCCUAGACACCACGGAAAUUGACUACGGGCUGCAGCCAUUUAAUGAAGUUGCCGAAGCAGAAGUCACCCUGUGGAACAGCGGGAAGGUGGGAUUCACUUACACGGUGUUAAGCCCCAGCACGGGCACUGCAGACUGCCCGCAGCCCGGUGUGCCGUUGGUCCUGCCCAGCAUGGGUUACCUUGGACCUGGCAAGGAGCAAGUGCUGAAAGUCUACUACCUGCCUGGAGUGCCUGAAGUCUUCCACAGGAUUUUCCAGAUCCAAGUAGGUCACCUGGAACCAGAAGACAUCUCCCUGAAAGGAGAGGGGAGCUUUCCCAGGGUCUCCUUGGACCUUCCCACGAACAUCAAAGGAAACAAAAAAUAUGAGGAGGUCUUCAGGAAAGCAAAAGAGAAGAUGGAAAAAGACAACCAGAGAGACAAAGCAGUUGUUCUGGAGGAGGCAGUGGCUGCAGAGGCACCCACAGACAGCUCAGUCACUGUGUUGGACACUCGGCUGCAGAUGCAGAUGGAGCAGAUGCUGCUAGAAGAACACGCUCUGGAGCAGCAGAAAGCUCAGGCCUCCAGUGCCCCGGAGGAUGCUGCCUUUGACCAGUGUGCUCGUCGGAGGCUUCUUGAAGCUGAGCUGCCCGAGUAUGUCCUGGACUUUGGCUACGUCAUUCUCGGUAGCAUCCACACACACAUUGUGAAGAUCACCAACACUGGGAAUUUCCCUGUGUCCUUCUGUGCUGAUGGAGGGGUCCUACAUGGCACAGGUUUCAGUGUGGAGCUGGACCGUGUGAAGCGCCUGUCCUGUUGUGAGACCGAUACUUUUGAAGUGUGUUUUGACCCACAAAGUGCCAACCUGCUGCUGGAAGAGGUGGAUGUGCUUCUGCCCAUCAAGGUAGCGGGAGGCCCCACACUUCACAUCCGCCUCCAUGCCAGUGUGGCUGUGCCGUCCCUCUGCCUCUCCAGGGACAGACUGGAUUUCUCUGCUGUCCAGUGUGGGCAAUGCCAGGAAGAAACCAUCCAGCUCCACAAUCAGCUCCAGGUUCCCUGUAAAUGGUUCAUCACCAUCAAUGAGUCUGUCAAGAAGGUGAAGAAACAAGUGCCAGGGAGUGUGCGCCAGAAGCUGCUUCAGAAGCUGAAGACCAAGCCCCGUGUUUUCGAGGCACUACCCUCAGCUGGAGCCCUCACUCCAGGACAACGAUGCAAUGUGCAAGUCAGGUUUUCACCCGUGGAAGAGAAGUCCUACAGAAGUAUGCUGAAGAUUAACAUUUGCCAGAGCAGCCAGCACCUCAAACUGCAGGUCUCGGGGCACGGGCUGGAGCCACAGCUGGAGUUCAGCCCCACAGUGCUUGAGCUGGGGCCGCUGCUGCCUUACAGCCACGGGGCGGAGGGAACGGUGGUGGUAAAGAACCCAUGUGAGUUCCCUAUCGAGUUUUACUCACUGGAGUUUGACCAGCAGUACCUUGCUGAGGAGCAGAUACUGCGGACGCUGAAGGACUAUGAUUGUCACAAUACCUUGUUGCUGCCUCCACGCCUCCCAGGUGAAAAGCUGCCCUCAGAGGUGUUGGAGUAUUAUCAGGAGCAGAAGAGGCUGCAGGAUGAGCAGGCAGAGUCCAAGACUAGGGAACAAGCAGGACAGGAUGAUGGAAACUUUGAAGAUGUUCAUUCUCUGACAGACGAAGGAGGCAAGCACUCUGUUGGCAUUGUUCGUACCACCUCAUCCCAUAGCUCAGUUGUUCCUUCCUCCAUUUUUAAUGAAAACAAGUCCAACAAGAUGGACCAUAAAUUUGAAUGUGGAGAAAAGGAAGGUGUUGAGAAAAGACACAGGACAGCAGAGCAUCGGCAAAGCACUGCCAGCAAUAAGGAGGCCACAGGAGAACUGGAUGACAGCCCAGUCUACAGGGCCAUUGCCCGCCACCUUGGCAUUGAUAUCUCUGCAGAAGGGCGUGCAGCUCAAAGCCGCAGGGGGAUCGUCAUCAUUGUCCAUGGAGCACCCCUCACAGGAAAGACAUCAGCAGCAGUUUCCCUUGCCAAACACUAUGGUGCUGCCUGCUUGUCCAUUGAUGCCGUGGUGACAGAAGCCAUCUCAGACAGGAGCAGCUUGGCAGGGCUUCGUGCGUCGGAGCUAUGUGUCGGGGCUGCCAUUGAGCAGAGCUGCAAGGAGACAAAGGAUGCUGGUCAAAGAGCAGAUGUCUCCUUCAGCCGGCAGCUCAGUGCAGAGGCCAAGCGCAGCCCAGUCAUGAGCCAGUCCAGCUCUGGAGACAAAGGCAGCCUGCAGUCCAUCAGCUCCCGAGGCCAGGCAAGCACUGCAGCAGGCAAGAGGAAGAGGGGUGGCCAGACACCUCGGUCUCAGAAACAGCAUAUGAUGGAUCCGUCGGGCUCUCAGGGCUCACGCAGUUCUCACCUCACCUCUCCCCUUCCCUGUGUUCCCGCACCGCAACGGCUGAGCGUCAGUGGCAGCACAGCAGGAGAGAUGGGCUUUGUGAGCUGUGUGUUGCCUGAGGACUUGCUGGUAGCCAUCCUCUCUGAAAGGCUGCAGUUGAGUGACUGCUACCAGGGAGUGGUGUUUGAUGGCCUGGAGACCCUCUUUGCGCACAAUGUGGCAUCUGCUCUUCUCUGCCUGCUCAAAGCUGUCGGAAAUCGGCCUUCUAUCUAUUUUGUGAACCUGUUCCAGGAUUAUGUUUCUUUGAGAGCCAGGGAGAUGGCCGGGAAAGAGCAGGAAGGAUGGGAGCAAGAAGAAGCUGCCAGGAGGGAGAAAGCGCGUCUCUGGGAGAUGGAUGAGGAAGAGUAUGACACCCUUACUGACGAGCAGAAAACUCAGUUUAAUAAUGAUAUACGACAAAUCCAGCGUGAGAGGAAGAAGAGGGAGGUGGUGCAGCUGGGUCAAGAGACUAAGCAAAAGCACUGGUGGGAGCUCAAAUGCUUGAAGGAGGAAGAAGAGCUGAAGAAGUCAUCUGAGCCGGAAAAGAGGCUGCGUGGAAAAGACAAAGAUAGUGCUUUGAAAAUGAAAAGCCAGCCUCGAGUCAUGCAGAACAAAAUCGCAUCCACCAGCAACAGCAUCGCAUCCACCAGCAAUCGGUCCAAUGGCACCGAAGGGGUAGGUGAGAAGGGGUCUGUGAGGGAGCACCCGAGCUCUGUUCCAAGUGACAAGGAAGAUGCAGCGCAGCAAAGCGAGGUUCCCCUGGUUGCUGCCUGCCCAGCAGUGGUUGUGCAACCUGCAGACCUAGAACCAGAGGAAACCAAAAAUGAGGCCCCGACUGACAGCGAGAACUUGGCCCUCAGGUUUAAGAUUUACGAGGCAUUUCAGAAGGAUGUGGUACACAUUUUGUCCUCCUGGGACAGAGUUCAGGGUAUCCUGCUGUCUCCUCUGAACCAAGAGGACGUGAGGCACCAAGCAGAAGACCAGCACCAGCGUUUAUCCAGCCGCAGAAGCCGGAAGGGCAGAGAGAAGGAGAGGCUAGAGAAGGAGCGCAGAGAGAAGGAGCGCCUGGAGAAACUGAAGGCUCUUGAAAACUCCAAGUUACCUCAUUUGGAAGGGGAAGGUGCAAAAGGGUCAUCCAGAGGCCAGGAUAUUGGGGUGCCCUGCUUGGACAUCCUGGUGCAGAGCUCAGAAGAUCUGACUAGGAAGAUCCUGGGGAGUGGCAAGCUGCCAGCAGCAGAGCAGAUCCUGGAUGACCUGGGAUUAGGUCCCUCAGGGCCUCCCAUUCCCCCUACGGCUUUUUACUCCGUGAUCCGCUACCCGGAGAAGCGGAUGGCUCCUGUAGCAGAAGCCCUUGAGCACUUCAUGUUUGUUGUACCAGACGGUGCCAUUGUGGAAGAAGAAAAGAAGGAUACUGCAAGUCUGUCGGAUGCCCCUGCUGUGCCCGCAGUGAAGAAGUCGGAGGAGCAGGCCACCCCUGCCAGGGGCUUGUUGAGGAAGCAGAAAGCCACAGGCAGCCGGAAAGCUGCCAGGGAGAAACCAAGCAGGAGGGGUCUCCAGGGGCCAGGCACAGGAGCACCCACAUGCACCCCUGAGGUGAACCAAAGCAGUGUGGACACAGUCCCAAGCCCAGGGAGAUCUGUCAGGCUGAGUAACUGCCGGUGGAUCGUGCCUGCCCACGGCGAGGUAGAACUGAAGGUCCACUUCAGCUCCAUGGAGCUGGGCCAGUUUGAUCAGGUGCUGCAUUUUGAGAUCCUAGGGACAAAGCGAUGCUACCAGUUGCGCUGCAGGGGCACCUGCCUGUAUCCUGCCAUCAGCCAGGACCCACGGCUGGUGUUCCCUCACUGGAGGAAGAGCAAGGCAGAUGAUGACAUCAUUUUCAAGCAGUAUGUCAUGAACACGGGUGUAUUCCACUUUGGACCACUGCUGUGUGGGAAGUCAAGAGACUGGUACAAGGCACGGCACUAUCCCAGCAACUGUGAGAAGAUAACCAUCCUCAACGUCACUCCCUUGGAAGCAGAGGUGUAUUUCUUCUUUGAGCAUGAUUGCAAAGCAGACACAUUCCUUUUAGAUCCUCCCAGCAUGAGGCUGAAGCCUAAUGAGAAGCAGGAGCUGAGUGUUUGGGCGUACCCCACUUCAGCUGGCCUUGUGGAAGACAACCUUAUCUGCCACAUCAAGGAGAACCCAGAGCCGGUGGUCUUCCGCCUGUGCUGCCAAGGGGUGCAGGUGGAGCUGGGGGUCAGCCCCAAGCAGGUGCAUUUCGACAGGCUGCUUCUGCACAGAAAGGACAGCAAGACCCUGGUCCUACAAAAUCGCACCCCACUGCCUGUGGCCUGGCGGUUCGGUGGGCUGGAAAACCUCAGCGAGGAUUUCUCCCUGUCACAAGAUGCAGGCAUCGUUGGUCCCCGCAUGGAGUUUGAGGUGCAGCUAUAUUUCAAGGCCACAAAGGCUGUCAGCAUUAAGAAAAUGAUCCGAUUAGAGGUUUCAGAUGCAGAAAACAUCCUGGGGAUUGUUCAGAUUGAAAAUAUCCAAAUCCUUGCGGAGGCCUAUGAUGUUGCUCUGGACAUCAAUGUUUCUAAAGGUGCAGAUGGCAAUGUGGAUUUUGGAACUCUUCAGGUCCUGGAUGAUGCAAAGCAAGUGCUGACUCUGAAAAACAAAGGGAAAUAUGAGGUUGCAUACGUUUUCAAGCUGGAAACCGCAGAUACCAACGUAGCCGACUUGGCAUCCCACUUCACUAUCCAGCCACAGAAUGGUGUACUGACUGCCUCCAAGCGCCUCAUGGAAGUCCAGCUGCUCUUCCACCCCAAGAAGGAAAUGAAUAUUGAGGACAAACCCAUCCUGCACUGUCUGGUGAUUGAGCCCAGCAUCUGUGAAGGGGGUGAGACCAUUGCCAUCAUCCCAGUGAAGGUGUCGGCGAAAGCUGUGUUCAGCAAGUACAGCAUUUACCCUGCCUCGUUCUUCAACUUCGGUGCCAUGCUCAACGGCACCAGGAAAACCUGUACCUUCACGCUGGAGAACAAAGGCAUCCUUGACUUUAAAUUCCUCAUCUACCCAGCAAUGCCAAUGAAAAGUGUGCAUCAAAUGAAAUCUGCCCGCUCCCGUGACAGUGAAGACUUAAGCAAAAUGACUCAAAUUAAGUCCUCACCGCAACAGGAUGCAAAGGCUGUCAUGCAGGCUCGCUUCACUCUAGGCAUGUUCACAGUGUACCCUGGCUUUGGUGUCAUCCCUCCUGGGGGCCGGCAGACGAUCACAGUGGAUUGCUACGCAGAGCCACUGGGGACAUGCAAGGAGCACCUGUCCAUCGAUAUCAGUCACAGAGACCCGAAGGACAAUCCGCUUGGCAUCCCUUAUACCCUAUUUGCAGAGUCAUGCUUCCCAGCAUUUGUGGUUGACGACAUAGAGUCCAUCUUUGAGGAGCAUCGAAUCUGCAGCAGUAUUGACCUCUGCCAGAUUCUACAGACAGUGAAAGAUGAGGGUGUGUUCAUCACAGAUGAGAACAGGUUUAUCUUCACCAAUGUUCUGGUUGGGCACCAGGCCACAGCCCGCUUCAAGAUCCGCAAUGUGGGCAAAGUUCCCUGUGAUGUGAUCCUCUCCAUCAAACCCAUCCCCAGUCAGCUUAAGAGCCACAUUAGUGGCAUUUUCGAGGUGGAUCCCAUUCGGAUGUGCGUGCCCAGCUGUUCCCACACCUUUGCUACAGUGACCUUCACUCCGCAAACUAUGCAGAACUACCAGUGCACUUUCAAGGCUUCCCUUGAUGUCCUGGCAAGCCCUGCAGCAAUUAAAACACAAAGCCUGAGCUUUGGUAUCAGUGGAGAUGGGAAUCUCCCUCGGGUGACAGUCCUGCGCCCAGUCCAUCACAACGAGAGAGGGAACCCUCUGCUGCUUUUCAAGAAACUGUUGUUGGGUGAUUCAGAAGAACUCCCUUUGGUCCUUUGUAACAGUGGCAACAUACCUGUCCAGUUGACGAUAGACCUGUUGGAUGAAGCGGGAGUUUUCUUCUUGAGAGCCAGGCCCACCACACAGUGCAUCUACCAAGCUGCGGACAUGGAGUACUCCUCUCCUCGUGCAGGGAGGAAGCCCCACACUACUUCCCUGGUGCUGUGUAACGGGGAAUCAGCGGAGUUUGAUGUGCUUUACAAACCCACUCUGGCCCAACGUGUGGAAGGGAAGAUCCACUUGUCAGUGGUGGGCAACCCCUAUGAAGAGAUCAACAUUCAUCUGGUGGGUGAAGGCUAUGAGGAUGACUUCACGCUAGAUAACAUCCGUGGACUAGUGGAAGACAGCAAGGAGAACACUGAGAGCAGUCUGGAGAAAGAUGUAAUUGAGGCUGCCAGAGCGGAUCACAUCCUUUUUGGGGACUGUCACAUCGGGACACCCUACACCGUGACCUUCACAAUCACCAAUCGCAGCAGGGUAGAGGCAAUGCGGUUUGAGUGGCUGGCAGACACCCCAUUUCACUUCUCCCCCAAGGUGGGACACCUUCAUGCUGGCUGUGCUAAGAACAUCACAGUGACCUUGAAAUCGGAUGUUGCGGUCACCUUCAAAAUGCAUCCCGUGAAGUGUAAGGUGGUUAGGAUCGCCUUCCAGCUACCUCCAGAGCAGGUGACUGACUGGGAUGACCGCCUGCACACUGUCAAGUGGGUGGAUACCACCAGGCAGUCAGCAGCCAAGUGGCCUCUCAAGAAGAAGGUGACGGAGAUAAACCCAGAACCAGCUUACACUGUCCUGGAGAAGAGCAGCCGCGAGGUGGAGCUUCGCUUCAGUGCAGUUGUUGACUAUGCCGAGUUCAAACUGGAUACGGACAUGAUUCAGUUUGAGGAGACUUUGCUCUUCCAAACAAGGAUGUUCACUUUCCACCUGUCCAAUACGGGGAAUGUGGCCCUGGAUUACACCUGGAUGGCAGCUGCGGAGGGUGAAAGGGCAGCAAGCUAUACUGAGGAGCUGCUACCACCCAAUCUGGAUGGUAGGCACUAUUGCUGUCUGUGUGCGGUUUCCCUGGUCCAGGGCAAAUGCAGAGUUACUAUCCAAAAUUAACCUCUUAACUCAGGCACAGGUCGGGGCAGCUCUUCUCUCAACACCAUCAGUGCCACCCCACUGUUCUCUGUUGAGCCCUGCAGCGGCACAAUCCCUGCUGGCGAGGAGCAGCUCUUCCAGAUGAAGUUCUCUCCAUUGUACGUGGGGGACUUUCAGAGCCAUAUGCUCUGCAGUAUUCCUAACCUGAAACCAAAUCAGAAGGGCCCAGAGGUGGUUGUGAAGGGAAGAAGCGUGAUGCCAAACUGCCACUUUGAGCUGGAAGAUUCUGACUACAUCACUGCAAAAAGGCACAACCCAGAGUCGCAGAGACCAGCGGGAGCGACGCUUGAUGUCAACGCAAGAGUCAUUGAGUUUGCAGCAACUGGACUGUGCAGCAGGAACAGCAGGACCUUCAUGGUUAUGAACCCAACUGCUUCUGCAUACUCCUUCCACUGGACUUGCCAAGAUUCUGAAGUCCCACCAGACCAGGUGGCUUUCUUCUGCCUCACAAAGAGGGGUCAGAUCCAACCAGGAAAGAAAGCAGAGAUGAAGUUUGAAUUCAUCCCUCGCCACCUGGACAUCACAGAAUCGUUCUGGGUCUUUACAAUCCCUGAGCAGAGCAUGUCAAUCCCUUUCUUGUUGGUGGGCAAUGCCACUGACCCACUAGUGAUUCUGGACAGAUCCCACCUGAACUUCCAAUUGCUGUUAAUCGGACAUGAGGUACAGCAGACUGUCUAUAUGAUCAACAAGGAGAAGGAAGCCUUCAGCUUUGCUUUCAGAAAAAGCUCUCUGUUCUCAGAGGGGCGCAAUGCCUUUGUGAAAGUAGAGCCUCUGGAAGGCUCUGUUGCUCCUCUUUCAAGGUUUCCCAUUACAGUUGUUCUCACACCAAUGCUAGAAGGAGCGGCAGUCUUCAACCUCAAGUGCGAUGUCGAAAGGAAGAGCCAGCCUCUCUCCUUGAAUAUCAAGGCCACUGGCUAUAGCAGGAACUUGUCUGUCAGGUGUGAGGAUAGCGAUGGCCGUGUCACUGAGCUCAGCACACAGAAGAUCAACGUCAUUGAUUUCAAGGAGGUACAGCUAAAUGAGAACAUCAAGCGUAUCUUCAGCAUUUGCAAUAGCAGCAAAUUCAGCUUCACCUUCUCGUGGGAACUGAGUGGCCCUGCAGCCUGUAAGCAGGUCCUUACUGUCACCCCUUGGAUGGGUGUUGUGCAAGCAGAGGGGAAAGCAGAAAUCCAGUUGGCUUUUCACCCACAGAAGACGUGCUCUUUAAAGGAUGUGGAGCUGACACUGCAGAUCAGCAAGGGUCCCACAUUUACCUGUGUGUUCCUGGCCACUGUGGUGGUCCCAACUGUCCAUUUCACCACCACCAGACUCAACUUCGGAGCCUGCUUCAUCUACCACGCUGGGAUGCAACCUGCCCAGCAGACCCUUGUCAUCACAAACAAGGCAGACAAGGAUGUGAGUUUGAACUGCUUGUUCACCAGCACUGCGCACCUGAAGGUGGACUUCCCAGGGUGCAUCCUACAUCCAGGAGGGUCAGUGGAGGUGCCUGUCACUUUCUGUCCCAGAGAGGUUGUGUCUUACAGCGAGCUCAUCCCUUUUGAAAUCAACGGUCUUUGCCAGCAAACUGUUGAGGUCCGAGGAAGGGGAACAGAAAUGAAGGUUGAUGUUGUGGAACCACAAGGAAAGGUAGUGAAGCUGGGAGCCCUUUUCAUUGGACGGACAGUGAAGAAGAUUGUCACCAUAGCAAACAACAGCGCUGCCCCUCUCACUUUUAAGCUCAGACUCGUGACCACCAUGCCAGAGCUGCAAGAAGAUGGGGUGCUCUGCUUGAAGCCCACCAAGGAACUAAGUCUGAAGCCCAAAGGAGAUACCUGUAAAGUAGAGGUGACCUUUUCCCCAAAGUGCUGCAUCCAGCCGUUCACCGAAGAAGUGAUGUUGGAGUGCAACAGCCUGGUGCGCUCCCUCUUCAUGGUGCAGGGUUCCUGCCGAGGCACCAGUGUGAGCUUGGACCAGGAACAGCUCAGCUUCGGAGCAGUGGUGCAGCAGGGCUACACAUCCCGGCGCAUCGUCAUGGAGAACAUGGGCGACACAAGAGUCAAGUUUAAGUGGGACAUCGACAGCUUCAAGCCAGAUUUCUCCAUCAGCCCUGCAAGGGGUUACAUCUCCCCAGGAGUGGAUGUGCCCUUUGUUGUGACCUUCCACCCCUCUAAACUGAGCCCUGCUAUCCAUUAUGAAGGCCUGCAGUGCUUCAUCCAGGGCAGUGAGCCGCUCCAGCUUACGCUGGCAGGUUGCUGCACGGAGACCCCUGUGACCAAAGAGACACUGACUUUCACAUGCAGCGUGCGCAAGAAGCACAGCCAAACCAUCCUCCUGUCCAACCCAAGCAAUGAGGCCUGGAUGGUGCAACCUGUCAUUGAGGGGGAGCACUGGAAGGGGCCUGAAUUUUUUCAUCUGGAGGCCAAUCAGCAAAACAAGCCUUACAAGGUCACUUACAAACCCUUAACCAUGAGUUCUGAGAAUAAGAAGCAUCAGGGCUCCAUCUUCUUCCCAGUGCCAGAUGGGACAGGUUUGUACUACCUCCUGCAAGGGACUGCUGAGCCCCCAAAGUGUUCAGGGACCAUUUUGCGGCAGGUACCGUGUAGGACUUCAUACACUGAGCUCAUCCCUGUCUCCAACUGGCUGGAUAGGCCACAGAGGUUCCUCGUGGUGGUGGACAUACUCAAACCAGAAAGUAUGGAAAGUAGUUCUGUGCUGCAGGGUCUGGAAUACGUUGAUGUCCCAGGCUCUGCCAAGACAGACUACAAGCUUACAUUCUUCUCCUACAAGGAAGGAGUCUUUAAUGCAAAGGUGACCUUCCUCAAUGAGGUGACGAAAGAGUACUUGUUCUACAUGGUGACUUUCAAGGCCACCUCUUCGGGACCCAUCAGCACUAUUGAAAUGACCACCACUGUUCGGCAGAGAGUGUCUUCCACCAUCAAGGUGGACAACCCUCUGAUUGUCCCGGUAACGUUUGCCAUAGAUUGCAAAGUACCCGAUGUCAGCGUUCCUUCACAUGUCACCAUUCCUGCACAGUCAGAGGCUGAUCUUGUUUUUGAAUACCAACCCUUGAAAAUGGGUGAGAGCACUGGGCGCCUGGUGCUCCGGAGCAGCAGCUUGGGCUCUUUGUACUACAACUUGCACCUGACAGCAACUGCGAGCAAGCCGGAGAAGCCUCUCCAUUUCUGCACCACGCUGGGCUCUAGUCAGACCAUUAGUGCCAAAAUCAUGAAUUAUGCCCAGCAGAAGACAGACUACCGCCUGCAGACCGACUGUGCUGACUUCCAGACAGAGAAAACCAUCACCAUGGCCCCUGCCAGCCCAGGGGGCUCGGAGGUGGGUGUGGAGGUAACCUAUGAGCCCUGCCAGCUGGGCGAAGCCAGGGCCACGCUCCAGCUCUCCUCCUCCCUUGCCGGGGAGUACAGCAUCCCUCUCAUUGGCCUUGCCCUCCCACCCAAGCCCCAGGGCCCCUUCUCCAUCAGCGCUGGUGACACCACCUCCAUCCCCUUCAAGAAUGUCUUCCUGCAGCCCACCACCUUCCAGUACGUGGUGGAGCACCCGUCCUUCACCGUCACAGCCCCAGAGAGCUUGCACGCUAAGAUGACCACCCUCAUCACCAUCUCCUUCAAGGGUGGCCCAGCGCCCAUCACCACCAAGAUGGUGGUGUUCCCCCGGGGUGCUGGCAGGGUGGGUGUCUCCUGGGUGUACUACCUCCAGGGUCUGCCCUCACACAAGUGACCUCUGUCCCUUUGCUCACAGCAGGCUUUUGUUAAUUAAAUG